CUCUCAGUGUGCUCGUCCACCUGCACCAUGCUCUACGUGGGCUUGUUGUGCUGCGUGCUGCUCCGCGUGCUCGUCGUGCGUGGGACACAGCUGUCGUUUAAACUUCCUGAUAAAGAGGAGCAGUGUUUCUACGAAGAGCUGGAGAAAGGAGUCAAGUUCUGGAUAAACUUCCAUGUCCUGGAUGGAGGAAACCUGGAUGUGGACUGGUCUGUCACAGAUCCUCUGAACGGGCUGGUGUAUGAGAAGAAGAGAGCGGAGCACGGCGGCUUAUUUCACAACACAACCAUGAAGGGCGUUUACACCAUUUGCUUCAGUAACGCCUUCUCCACGUUCACAGACAAAACUGUGUACUUCAACAUCCAAGUCGGAGAAGAAGAGCCACUUCUAGACACCAUGUCCAGAGCCACAGCGCUGACCCAGAUGGAGUCGACAUGUGCUUCUAUUCACGAGUUCCUGAGGAUUGUGUCUGACUCCCAGAUGUGGCAGAGGCAAAGGGAAGCACAAGAUCGCCUGAAGGCAGAGCAUCUUCUUGAGCGAGUCACCUACUGGUCCAUUGGAGAAAGCAUUCUGCUCUUUGUGAUCGGCUUUGGUCAGUUAAUGGUGCUUAAGAGCUUCUUCGCUGACAAGAAAGGCUGUGUGGCAACGUCCACCUAGAACCUGUUGUCUGGGAGAGACUCAGAAAGGAGCUCUGACAGUGAAUGAGACCAGGCUGGAAGCACACAACUAGUCAUUUUUCAGCAAGGUUUUCGUUAAAUGAUCUCAGG